AUGACAGUUGCCAUGUUGCAAUUCGGUGCUUAGUUCUCUUUAUCUGUGUUCAGUGCACUGUGUGACGAGAAUCAAAUUAUAAAUUUGGUUUAAAUUUUAUCAAAGUGACGAAUUUAAAUAAGAAAAAUGAGCAAGCAUAAGGAUAAAGAUAAGACACGUUCACGUUCAAGAUCCAGAUCAAAGGAACGCCGUGAAAAGAAAAAAUCGAAAAAAAGUAAGCGGAGCAGAAGUAAAGAGCGAAAACAUCGUCGAAGCAGAAGUCGUAGCCGAAGUAAUUCCAGUACUGAACGACGUCGAAGACAUCGUCGUGAGGAGCACAGAUAUGAACGCGAAGAGAACAGAGAAAAGGAAAUUGAAAAAGAGAGAUUGCGGCAAAUCGCAUUGGAAUUUAAGCAAUCGGGGGCAUUUAGUUCGAUCGCUCAACAGUCGCAAUCGUUUUUACAACCCCAAGAACAAAUUAUACCAUCGUUAAUGUCAUCAUAUUCAACAUUUGCGUCGUUCCCAGUUACAAAUAUAGCGCAACCAGUUAUUGAAGUACCACAAGCGCAACCAAAAGAACGAAGUCAAGCAUAUUUGGAAGCAGUUGAAGCGAGCAAACGUAUUGCUGCAUCGAAAAAUUUUGCCGAAACAUUUAGCUGCUCAAAUAGCAACGAUUCAUUGAGCAACGGACCGACAAAUAUCGAAGGAAUUUCAAAUAGCAGAGAUGCGGAAAGUACAGCUAGAGAACGAGCUCGUAAAAAGAAAUCACGCUGGGGAGGCAAUGAAAAUGACCGGACAUACAUUCCAGGAAUGCCAACAGUUCUUCCGGCAUCGUUGGACUCGAAUCAAACGGAAGCCUAUCUAGUUCAACUUCAAAUCGAAGAAAUCAGCCGCAAACUACGCACCGGAGAAUUGGGAAUUGCUUCAGUUGAAGAAAGAUCACCGUCUCCGGAGCCCAUUUACAGUUCUGAUGGCAAGCGGCUGAACACUCGUGAAUUUCGUACGCGUAAGCGUUUGGAAGAACAACGUCAUCAGCUGAUUUUACGUAUGCAGUGCAUGAAUCCAGACUUCAAACCACCAUCGGAUUACAAAGCACCUGUUGUGCGUGUUAGUGACAAAGUAUUGAUUCCACAAGAAGAGCAUCCAGAUAUCAACUUUGUUGGUUUAUUGAUCGGUCCACGUGGAAAUACGCUAAAGGCAAUGGAAAAGGAAACUGGAGCCAAGAUCAUUAUUCGUGGGAAGGGAUCGGUAAAAGAAGGGAAGGUCGGUCGCAAAGAUGGUCAACCGUUACCCGGAGAAGAUGAACCAUUGCACGCAUUCAUCACGGCCGCCAAUGCGGAUUGUGUGAAGAAAGCGGUGGAAAAAAUCAACGAAGUUAUCAAACAAGGAAUUGAAGUUCCAGAAGGGCAUAAUGAUUUGCGUCGAAUGCAAUUGCGCGAAUUGGCUCAAUUGAAUGGCACAUUACGCGAGACCGAUGUACCUCGAUGCACAAAUUGCGGAUCAAAUGAACAUAAGAGUUGGUUAUGUCCUGAUAAGCCAAAUGUUACGAAUAAUAUUAUGUGUUCAUCAUGUGGGGCUGCCGGUCAUAUUAGCAAGGAUUGUAAAGGAAAACGUCCAGGCCAAGGUGGACCACCAGUUGUAAAUCUGAAUUCGCAAGCUAAGAUUGAUGAGGAAUAUCUCAGUUUGAUGGCUGAACUCGGCGAAGGUCCGCCAGCAACUAAAUCAAAUGAUUCGCCAUCAAGUGCGCCAUCGAAUCGUAAUCAAUUUUCAAUAUUUGAGCGUAAUCAAGGUCCAUUAAAAGCAAUUGCACCAGCUCCGUCAUCAUCAGCACCAGUUCAGCAACAACCACGUAUGCCGCCAAAUAAUUGGAAUGGACAGCCACCGCCAAUGCCACCAUUACCACCACCACCAGGAUCUUUUGCAAUGCCUCCACCAUCGAUUCGACCUCCAAUGUGGAAUAAUCAACCACAAAUUCCAGGCACCGAUUUACCGCCUGUUCCAACUGGCAAUGCACCGCCACCAUUUGUUCCACCACCUCCACCCGGAGUUGAGUACCCCACUUCUAAUUGGAGCGCACCAUUACCACCACCACCGGCUCAACAAUAUCCAUGGAGUAAUGGCAAUAAUUGUAAUUUGCCGCCUUUACCAACGGUCCCGCCUCCACCACCUCCACCAGGCAGUUAAGCAAUUACACUACGAUUGUGUCCGUUCUUCUGAUUCAAAUAAUUCUUCAGUAGUUGUUUAUUUUUAUUGCAACAUUUUAAAUUUCUUUUGAACAUAUUCAAUAAAGCUCUCAUAAAACCAAUUGGAUCAUUCAAAAA